AUGCCUGAUACGCACGAUCCUUUCUAUCGAGCACCAGCAGGUUAUGAAUCGGCAGCACCAGGAACCAUUCUGGACUCCAGACCCGCACCUGCCAGACUUGAGGCACUCAGCCUGUUUCCGUUGAACAUUAAACAGGUCACUCAAAUCCUGUACCGUACCACAAAUGCCAGGGGUGAACCCGAGGUCACUGUCAGUACGGUCAUCGUUCCAGCAAAUGCCAGUUAUGACAAGGUCGUGUCAUACCAAGUGGCCGAAGACAGCGGAGGUCAAAUCAACUGCGCUCCUUCGUACACUCUGCAGACCGAUUCCAAGGCUUUGUACGCCGGAACUGGGGAUGUUGAGAUGCUUCUCAUUCUUGGCGCUCUGAACGAGGGUUGGAUAGUCAGCACUCCGGACUGGGANGGGCCCAACUCCACUUUCAUCGAGGGCUUCCAGGCUGGGCAGGCCACUCUCGAUUCUGUCCGCGCAGUACUCUCAUCAGGAAGCAUCACAGGUGUCGAAAGCGACGCAAAGGUCCAGAUGUGGGGCUACAGCGGUGGCGCCCUCGCCUCUGAAUGGGCCAUGGAAUUGCAGGCGUCUUAUGCUCCCGAGCUCAAAUUCGUUGGGGCUGCCAUCGGCGGAGUUACACCGAACGUGCCGAAUGUGUACAACUCCAUCAACCAUGGUCCCUUUGCAGGACUCGCCGCUGCAGGACUUCUGGGCCUGGCUAAUUCAUUCCCUGAAUUUGAAGCAGCCCUGACAAAGCAAUUGAUUCCGGCAUCCGCAGCUCAAUUCUAUCAGGCGGGAACCAACUGCUUCUACGGUGAUGUUGUGCUGUUUGCUGGACAGAACAUGUCCUCCUACUUCUACGAUGGAGACAAUAUCAUUACCGAGCCGACUAUCGCAAAGUACUUCCGCUCGAACACGCAGAUGGGCCUCCACGGCGUCCCUUCGAUGCCACUGUUCGUGUACAAGGCGGUCGCGGAUGAGAUUUCUCCCAUCGCCGAUACGGACGCGCUAGUUGAGCAGUUCUGCAACGAUGGAGUAUCAAUCACCUAUGUUAGAGACUAUGCGGGCGAGCACUUCCAGCAAGCCGCCACGAGCUUCCCAGACGUCAUUAACUUCCUUCGCGCAAGAUUUGCUAGUGUCCCCAUCUCCGGUUGCUCUAUCCGUAACGAAUUCCUAGAUGUCUUGGACCCGGGUGCUCUUCCUUACCUUGGUAGCACCAUUGUCAAAGAGCUAGCCAAUAUUGCUGGCGUUCCUGUUGGACCUAACCACUUCUAG